GAGGCAAACUGACUUUGUCAUAAUUUUCGAUUUUUACUUCACUGUUCUAGGCUUCUAGCCUAUCGGAAUGUUAUAGCUUUCGAUCGCAAUGAGCACUGCAGAUAAUCUAGUUUUUCCAAUAUGUUGUAUUUAUAGUAUUGCACUUUUGUCUAAAGUGGAUGCUAAAUACAAUAACUGCAAUAAUCUACAUAUCACGCAAAUGCAUAUCUGCAUGUACAACGGUAUCAGAUCCAGGCCACUGUUUGCACUCUAACAAUGCAGAGCACAAAAAGAUGCGAUUUGGUUUAAUUCACUGCAGAACAAAUCGUCUGUCCAUAAGGGAAUUAUUUAUUCGUAGUUUGUUCCAAGCUUGCCCGGAAGCAAGUCUGCGAUGGAUCCGAAGAUCUUUUGGUACGACGUCAAUCGUUAACCUACACUUUUAUCCUAUAACUUAUUACCAGAAACAAAUGUUUGGCCUGUUAAUGGUUGGCGACACAUUAACCGAGCGCGGAAUGCUUAAUCCCAGCGCAUUAUGGGGUCCACAAGUACGCUGUCAUUUUCCUCUUUUGCCAUUCAUGCCAUUUCCUACGCUUAAUGGAUUUAAGGCGUUAUACAGCGUAAUGCUUUUAAGCACUCUGGGUAUUACGGUUGAGUUUAAAACAAGCGUAUGCACGACGUUGUACUGCUUGACCUUUUGGUAUGUGUAUUGCUUGGACAUCAGCUUGUGGAAUCAUCAUUCAUAUCUCUUUGGACUGAUAGCAUUUCUUUUCGUCCUGAGUGCAAACCUUAGAGAAAAAUUACCCUUUCCGGUUGAUGGUGAACACUAUACUGUGCCUAACUGGAUUUAUCACCUGCUACGUUUUCAAGUUUUCAUAGUGUACUUCUUUGCCGGUUUGAAGAAAUGGGAUGUGGACUGGUUGAAAGGGUAUUCGGUUUCCGGUAUGAGCGAGAACUGGGCAUUUUUUCCCUUGAGGCUAAUGUUGGGGAAAGCUUCAGUAGACCUUUAUUUUAUCCACUGGAUAGGAUUUGCUUUCGAUCUAUCUGUGGGAUUCUUUCUCUUUUGGAGACGAACGCGUGCUUAUGCGUACGCUGUAUGCUGCGCAUUUCAUUUCCUCAACUGCACGGUAUUCGAAAUAGGGAUGUUUCCUUACGCCAUGAUAGUGCUUUCUUUGAUAUUUUUUCCACCCUGCUGGCCGGUUGAUUUACAUGUACGCUUAAGAAGAUGGCUCGAAAUAUUGAUACCAAUGCACCUGUUAUGGGGAAAGAUUCCAGUGAUGCGGUAUCAAGUUUUCUGUCGGAAACCUAUUGAAAGGUUACAGAAACCAUCAUGCAAGCCGGUUAGGAAAUAUGCACUGGGACUGAUAAUCUCUUCUUAUGUAUGUAUCCAAAUAUUUCUGCCUUUCUCACACAUUGUAUUCCAGGGUUGUAAUACAUGGACAAAUUCACUGUACGGAUAUUCGUGGGAUAUGAUGGUGCAGCAGUGGCAAAUUCAACAUGUGAAAAUCACCCUGGAAGACCGAUCAUCGGCGCAUUCUAUCCAGAGAAGGAGCCUCAAACCGGAUAUUUGGACAGCAAAUAAUAGAUUUUCGUAUCAGGCAUAUCUGGCCAAACAACUUGCUGAAUGCAUUGCGAAGAGAUUAACUGCGUCUCCGAAAGCGAAUACGUCCUCUCAUUCACAAACACUGGCUGUGUAUUUUGAUGUAUGGAUCGCCAUGAACGGAGGAUUCAAACAAAGAAUCUUUCGACCGGAUGUCGAUUUGGUUACAGCUCCAUGGUCACUGUUCUCACCGGUGGACUGGGUUCUUCCGCAGAUUAUGAACCGUACUGCUUUUGACCGUUUGACGAAUGAGUUAACAGCAAGCAAACGCACAAUUCAUCCUAACGUAACACUUGUAUACGUGGCCGAUUUCCCAGGUUAUUCCCUGCAACAGUACAUCCCAGAGAAUUUUGGAAGAGUAACACUGGAUGUACUGAAGGGUACGGUUAAUGUUACGGUGCCAUCCAGUUCCAUUGUAUCGGGUUCGACCACAAAUAUUUCACCAAACGGAAGUGCUUUUUUGCCGGAUAACGCUACAUCUGUUGUUACGGUCGCCGGAAGCGAGCCAGCGAUUUACUUAUUGUCCUCUAUUUGACAAUUUUUCGGCAAAAGCUUUUUUACGGAUAUUGCCGGUUGCUGCGAGAAACUGUAAAACCACUUUCCUGUUUUUCUUGGACCGGUUAAAGUUUUAUUGUGAUUAGUUUUCUCAGCGACAUCUUGCGUGCGGCGUUUUGUAUCGGUUAUUUUGUAAUACACGAUUUGCAUAGACUUUCUGUUUUGGUACUGCAUGGUGCAUGUAGAAUAUCGCAGU